CUACCUCAUCAUCAGUCAACUGUCGAACAGUGUUAAGUCCACACACUCAGUCCACAAAAACAGCACAGCAAGUCGCAACCCGACCAUCAACUUUUCAAGAUGAAAUUCCUGAUUGCAUUCGCCGCCGUCGUUGCCGUCGCUUUGGCCGCCCCUGCUGAUGAACGUGACGCUCACGUUGUCCGGUACGAUAAUGACCACAAGGGAAUCGAUGGAUACAACGUGGCCUACGAAACCAGCAACGGAAUCGCCGGAAAGGAACAGGCUGAACUGAGAUCGUUCGGAGAUGACGUCGCUGCCAUUGUGGUUCGUGGAUCGUAUUCGUACACCGGAGCUGACGGACAGGUCUACACCGUGAACUACGUUGCCGAUGAGAACGGAUUCCAGCCGGAAGCUGCCCACAUUCCACGUGCCUAAGAAGUGAUCGAGAACGACUUUGAGCGAGUGUUUUUGUGAUAGAAUGGUGAUGUAAAUAUACUGAUUUAGGUAUUUUGAAAAA